AUGGCGGCCUCAGACUCAGGAAUGGCAAACCAUGGCGAUUCACUGCAAUAUUCGAAAUGGAGAUACAUAUCGAUUGUUCUCGCCUCGUUCAUGAUCAACUUCACGGCAUGUGGUGUUCUCUUUGGCUUUGGUGUCUAUCAAGAACACUAUGAGACUAUGGUCGCCGUCCCUAAUACUCCCUUUACCGGCGCCUCUUCGGCUACUAUCGAUCUCAUAGGGACUCUGUCGGCGUCGUUGAUGACAAUUGUGGCCCCUUUUGUCAUGGCAUGGACCAAAUACUUCGGGCCUCGACCUGUCGUAUGUGCUGGCGGGGUGCUCUUUGGUAUUGCGUCUGUCUUGGCAAGCUUCGGCAAGGCUCUUUGGCAUUUCCAGCUUGCACAAGGACUGCUGAUGGGGCUUGCUACCGGCUUUUCGUUUGUGCCGUCUAUGACUGUCGCCCCAACUUGGUUUGAUAAACAACGAGGUUUGGCCAUGGGCAUAGUCUCCGCCGGAACCGGCAUUGGCGGCCUGGUUUGGGCGCCUACAAUUUCGGCCUGCAUUAAUACCUUGGGCUUUCGGAACACACUCCGGGUAACAGGGUGCGUUGCUGCUGUACUUAUCGGUAUCUCGGGGUCUGUUCUCGACUGGGAGUUGUCGAUGGCGAAGCACCUCUCAACCCAGAAUGAAACCCUUUCUCCAAGAACCGCCCUCUUCAAAAUUCCGCUUCCCGGCUGGUCAAUGGUGAGGCAGCGGCUUUUCAUCAUGCAGGCUGCUAGUACGCUAUUCCAAAGUGCCGCCUACUAUACUCCGGUCUUCUUCACCGUCAUGUAUACCAAGAGCCUGGGUUACAACGAAAGAGAUGGCGCAAACUUGACGGCAGUCAGCAAUGCAUGCAAUGCGAUUGGCAAGAUCGCCGUAGGAUUUAUUGCAGACAGGCUGGGCAGGCUUAAUUCGUUCUUUCUCACGACUUUGCUCACUGCCUUUGUUUGUUUAGGGCUCUGGGUUCCCAGUACGCUGAUUGGAAUUUACGACGAGGCAAUGGCUAGGAGUCUGUUUAUCAGUUUUACCGUCCUAUACGGAUUGUUCGCUAGCGCAUUUAUCAGCUUGUUCCCAGCAGCUCUUAUCGAGCUGUUUGGUGUUACGGAACUUCCGCGGAUCGCGGGUAUCAUGUAUAUGUUGCAAGGGUUGGCUGCACUUGUAGGCACACCUGUCGCGGGCGUACUUGUUCCAGGACAUGGUGUACCCAGAGAUUCUAGCAGCUAUACCCCUAUGGCAGCACUAGUCGGUGCAUUGAUGGCUUCUGCUGCAGCCGCAGUAGCAGGAGUGAGGUUUGAAGUGAUGAAGGGAACUGGUGAGGGAGCUUGGCAGUGGAAGUGGAAGUUGUAG